AUAAAUGUGUCGUCUAUGAAGGCUUGACGGAUCAACCGUUUGGUGGUUGGAAAGUUACACGUCGCCGUAUGGGUUUGAACGAUUCCCAGCCAAGCCCUGAAUCACAAAACAUUAAACGUGCACAUGAAGCUAGCAAACAAAAGUAUGAUGCACCAAAACACUCUGAAGAUUGUGUGAACCAAAGAAAAACAGUCGUGAACACAGGCAGUGAUGAUUUUGUUGACAACACAUCUAAUUUGAAACGUGAUAAGAUUAUGGCGUCACGAAUG